AUGGGAAAGAACUUCCAUCUGUACGAGAACAUCUCUAAGGUCAGCCCAUUUGAGGGGCCACAGUAUCACCUGGCCCCAAUAUGGGCUUUCUACCUACAGGCUGCUUUCAUGGGCUUUGUGUUCUUUGCUGGAACACCCCUAAACUUUAUAAUUCUCGUGGUGACAGCGAAGUACAAGAAACUGAGACAACCGCUGAACUACAUCCUGGUCAAUGUCUCGUUAGCAGGUUUCAUCUUUGUGACGUUCUCUGUGAGUCAAGUGUUCGUUUCUAGUGCGAGAGGAUACUACUUCCUGGGUUACACCUUGUGUGCAAUGGAAGCUUGCAUGGGUUCAAUAGCAGGGUUGGUGUCAGCUUGGUCCCUGGCUGUCCUUGCCUUUGAGAGAUACGUGGUCAUCUGCAAACCCUUCGGCACCUUCAAAUUUGACAACAACCAGGCUCUGGCGGCUGUCGCCUUCACCUGGGUCAUGGGGAUCGGAUGUGCAACCCCACCAUUCUUCGGCUGGAGCAGGUAUAUCCCUGAGGGUCUGGGCUGCUCCUGUGGACCUGACUGGUAUACAAACAAUGAGGAGUACCACUGUGCCAGCUACACCAAAUUCCUUAUUGUUACCCGUUUCCUCAUGCCCAUGUCCACCAUAUUUUUCUCCUACUCCCAGCUACUGGGAGCACUACGGGCUGUGGCAGCUGCACAGGCUGAGUCAGCUUCCACCCAGAAGGCAGAAAAGGAAGUAUCCAGGAUGGUGAUUGUGAUGGUGUGCUCCUUCAUUCUGUGUUACGGCCCCUACGCCUUGGCAGGCUUGUACUUCGCCUAGACAACAAGCGAGGACAAAGACUACCGCCUGGUCACCAUCCCUGCUUUCUUCUCUAAAAGCUCCUGUGUAUACAACCCUCUCAUUUACGCCUUCAUGAACAAACAGUUCAAUGCCUGCAUCAUGGAGACCGUGUUUGGAAAGCAGAUUGAGGAGACUUCAGUUUCAGCCUCCAAGACUGAGGUCUCCACAGCCUAA